AUGAUCGCUCAGGGCAUCUCUGGUCUCAUGCGACCCUUGCUAACUGGACUGAAUGUAAGCAAAACUCGCCUUAUUUAUCCCUGCAGGGUGGCUGAACAGAAUCACACAUUGGCCAGGCAGGGGUCAGAAAGAGGCUUCAGCUUCACAAAAAGGCUCCAGGAUGCCCCCAGGGAAUCAAGCUCUGCAGACCAGGUGAUGGUGCAUUUUAUAAACCGAGAUGGAGAGAAACUCACUGCUACAGCCAAAGAAGGAGAGACUUUGCUGGAAGUGGUUGUCAAUCAAAACUUGGCCAUUGAUGGAUUUGGUGCAUGUGAAGGAACUUUAGCCUGCUCUACCUGUCACCUAAUUUUUGAGAGGGACAUCUUCCAAAAGCUGGAUACUAUCUCAGAUGAAGAGAUGGACAUGCUGGACUUGGCUUAUGGACUCACUGAGACAUCUCGCCUUGGCUGCCAGGUGUGCAUUAAGAAGUCAAUGGAUGGUUUGACAGUGCGGGUCCCAAUGGAGGUAUCUGACAUCAGGAGGGAGCUGGAGGUUGGGAAGCAGAGCAAACAGUAACCAGAAACAAAUCCUGCACAAUCCACUUCCUUCUUUUCAGUGUGGUGGUGGUACUUCACUUUUGAUUAGCUCCAGCUUUGUGCCUAGCUUGCAGUAGACAAUGGAAGUCUGAUUCAGCAUGUAUGACUGUUCAACAAAUCUCUUAUUUAAACAAAGAUUAAUAUUAAGCUUAAUACUAAGCACUUCAGAAUGGGCUUUAAGUUAAAUAAGUCUUAAGUGCUCUGCUGAACGCAAUUGGACUAGAGCAUAUGGCUUUACGUUUUCCUGGACGGGUAAAAAUAAGCAUCUGUGCUAUGUGUGAUUCACUGUCUCCCUUUAAAAUUAAGGAUGUGGUAUUUUAAGUAAUUGCUGGGAAUUUUACUGGGCUUGGCUGUUCAACUGCAAAGAGAUAUUUUUCCCCAAUUUAAGGUGUGGGAAGAAGUGGUUGUCCCAAAUACAUGACUGUAUAUCAGCACUGGCUUGGUGACACAGGCUUAGCUUGAUCAGCAAGAAUACACCGAUAACCAUUUAAAUGCUGAUGUUUCCUGUAGGAGGGAACCAUUUUCUAUGAAUGUGAGAUAUUAUGUGUCACUGAAUUAUGUGCCAUCAUUUGCUACUUUCUCCAAAUCUCAAUUUUUCUU